GUGAAUAAAACUGAGCAACAUCUUGUGCACAACAUUUAUUAUUUAAAAAUAUAUAUUAACAACUUUUGGCAAGUAAAAGUAAAUUAAAUCUAUGUAUUAUUAGUGCUAAUCACCUACCAGUCAUUUCCUUGUUCAUUUCCGGAAAGUUACACUUUUUAACUCAAAUAAUUUUUUUUGACACAAACAAUGGCUGAAGCAGCUUCUAUCAAAGAUUCCGUGUCAGGCUUGGUGGACCAAUUUAAGCAGCAGAUGGCUGAAUUUCAAACAAGCCUCAGCAAAGCAGACCCAGCCAAUCCUUCAGUGGCUUCAGUGUCAUCCAGCUUCGCCGUCUUCAAGGAGUUUGUAUUGAAAGCUCUCGAGUCGCUUCAAAAGCAAGUGGAUCUUGUGACCCGCCAGGUGGAUCAAAUCGAGACGCGCUCCCGCCGCAGCAUGCUGCUGGUGCAUGGUAUCGCAGAGGCAGAGUCUGAAGAUACAGCGGUUCUCGUGGUCAAUGCACUUCAGGCCGCCCGUGAUGGCUUAGCCGCUGUAGAUAUCAAACGAAGCCGUCGUUUGGGCGGGCGCAGCGGCCGUGACAAGAAACCUCGCGUUGUUCUUGUUGAGUUCAAAGACACCGCAAUCCGAGACGACGUGUGGUUCAAUAAGGUUGAACUUAAGGGCUCCGGGGUGACGCUGGGUGAGUUUUUAACUAAGCCGCGUCACGCUGCGUUUAUGGAGGCCCGCGAACGCUUUGGCGUCCGCAGCUGCUGGACGUGGAACGGUGACGUGUAUAUCCUCGGGAAGGAUGGGGUGAAGCGUCGUGCAAAUUCCAUUGCUGAAGUCAAGUCGCUUCCGACUACGCCGUCCGCUGAUGUAGCUGCGCCUGCGGGACCGUCCGUGGCACCAUGUCCGGCCCCGAUUAAUAAGGAACUCUAUGACGAGCACGCCCCAGUCCGCUCGAUUAAGGUGAAGCAUCUUCCUGCUCCUUGGCUUACUGAGGAAAUCAAGGCACUAUUAGGGAAAAAGAACUCUGCGAAAUCUAGGUACAGGUCGUACCCCACUGAUGCUAACAAGGCUCGCUACCAUGCCCUACGUAACCGCUGUAGUACCAUCUGUCGCGAUGCCCAGCGACGCCAUAUCCACCAGUCUGUUGAAAAUGGUGACCCGGCGAAAACUACCGUCCCAUCUCAAUUCUCCCUUUCCUGUCCAAAGUUCUUGAGCGUCUCGUUCACCAACAGCUUACCUCGUACCUUAACACACAUGAUCUUUUAA